AUCUGGAAAAGAUCCAAAACGGCGAAACGCCCCGAAACAAACGCAACUACGCAGCGAAACCUCGAACUUUGCUCCCCAAAUCUCGACCCGACUCGUUCUCCAGGACGCCAUGGCGAUCUUCUCUUCUUCCACGUCUUCUUCUCACUUUUUCUUCUUCUUCCUCCUCCUCCUCUCCUUUCUUCUCCUUCUCUCCCUCUCCGCCGCCGAAGACCUCUCCUCGGCUUCUAACGGCACCACCAUCUACGAUCUCCUGCCCCAGUACGGCCUCCCCCCGGGCCUCCUCCCCGACACGGUCAAGGCCUUCUCCCUGAGUUCCAACGGAAGCUUCUCUGUCGAUCUCUACGGCCCUUGCUACGUCGACUUCGAGUACCUCGUCUACUAUGAGACCAAGGUCUCAGGCGUCGUCAGGUACGGCGGCAUCGAGGACCUCAAAGGAGUCAAGGUUCGCCGGUUCCUGAUUUGGAUGGACGUCGACGCCAUCAAGGUCGACCUCCCACCCUCCCAGUAUAUAUACUUCCAGGUCGGGUGGAUCACGCGCAAGCUCGGCGUCGAGCAGUUCCGGACGGUGCACUCCUGCAACGGGAAUAAGGAGCUCCUAGAUGGUACCCAGGAGCUUUUCGAUUGGUCGCUAUAGGGAACCUCUGAUGCAACCAUUUUACUUAGGAGAUUUCUGGGUGAGGAUAUUUGAGGCAUAGAGAAGAAUUGGUUGGCUGAUGUGAGACAAGUGUAUGCCUGCAAUGUGUAUGAUUUAUUUGUUAUUUCCAGCAAGCAAAAUGACCACAUUUCUUGUGCAUUGUGUACAUAGAAUGUGUUCUGAACCAAUUGUUAAGUACAAUGAUCUAAUUUAAUUUCAUAUCAGUAUUACAUACCUUGUGACUUGGAAUGGCGUUCAUUUAGAUCAUGCUGCAUGGAUGAUAUUUGAAUGAUAAUGGAUAGUAGCAAUGAAUUCCAUAUAGUUUGUAUGCCUAUAAAUUAUGUAGCAAAUUAUUUAACUCUUUUUUUUUUCUUUGUUGCUUUUUCUAAAUACUCUGCAGCUCCAAAAUGACGCCACCCAUACGACGAAUAAGUUGGAGAAUGCUUCCCACAAUAUCUAAAUGAAGUGUAAUUUUCUGGA